CAGUCGCAGCACCCCAUGGCGGCCACGGCGGCCGCCGGCGCAGUGUGCCCGGCGCUCCCCCGCCUGUCCUUGCGGCGCGACCGCGGUGCUGCCUGCUGCUCGCUUGCGCCGGCGACGACCCCACAGUCUACACGCUUGUCGUCCUCUGUAAUUUCCCUUCAGAGACAGAGUCGCCGGUUUCAGUACAAACCACGCUGCACCCAGGCCGAGGUGGCGAACAGCACCGUGGACGACGACGAGGCGUGCGAGCUGGUGAGAGGCACGGACGUCGUCAUCGGGCAGGGGGACGACGACAGCGUCCGGGGGUACCUCCUGGAGGCCGUCAAGAACAACAAUGGCACCUGCGUCCUCUUCCUCUCCGACAUCUUCGGCUUCGAGGACUCGGCCACCAGGGACUUCGCCUACCGAAUCGCAUGCCACGGCUACAACGUUCUGGUGCCGGACUUGUUCCGGGGGAACCCGUGGAAGAAGAGCCUGCCGAUGGACGGGUUCCAGGCCUGGCUCGCCGAGCAGGGCCCGGACCGUGUAGCCGGCGACAUCGAGACGUGCCGGAAGUGGCUGGUCGACGACUUCCUGGAGGCGGCGGCGUCCAAGAAGCUGGCCGUCGUGGGGUUCUGCUACGGCGGCGGCCGCCUCGUGGAGACGCUGGCGCGCGACGCCGACGCCUGCUUCUGCGCGGGCGUCUGCUUCUACGGGUCCCGGAUGGACGCCUCGCUCGGGGCGCGGAUCGCGGCGCCGGUGCUGUUCGUCUGCGGCGACGGCGACCCGCUGUGCCCCGUGGAGACGGUGCGGGAGCUGGAGAAGAGCGCGAGGGGCGCCAAGGCCGCCGUGUACGCCGGCAGGGGCCACGGGUUCGCGCACCGGCCGGAGUCGCUGGAGGACGACGGCGACGCCGAGAACGCGUUCGCGCUGAUGAAGAGCUGGUUGCAUGAGCAUCUGAUUUCUUGAUCAGACUGAUCAGCCUUCGUGCCUACGGUUGUACAUUCUUUUGUUGUACUCCUUUUCUGUUUGGUUUGUAACAUUAUAUACAGUUGUAAGUUAACUUUGCAACCGAUGAACUAGCUAUAUAUUGGGCUGGCAUAGUAGCUACUAGAAGGAAUUUCCACGUUUUGCUGCA